CAAUGGUUUUGCAUUGCUGGCUGAACUUGCCUCUAUUUUGUUUGUUGGUUUGUGCGCUUGCGCAGUUGCGAUUGCGACUUGCGUUGCGUGCGGUGUCAGCCAGCACAUAGUAGGUACCUACCUACCAACUACCUACUAUUAUUUGAUAUCAGGCACACCGGCGAUCGGACGGAGCAAAAAUGCAUUAAAAUAGAAAGAAAAGAACGCCGAAUGGUCUAAAAUGUCUUGUUCAAAUAUGAAUUGCUAUCAUUAAAUUUAUAAUUAAAACGUUUUAUCCAUUACCUACGUUGUAUUAGUUUCGUAGACUAAUAUCGGGCCAGCCAAUAUUGUCAGGCCAUGUUCUCAGAUGUAUACUCCUUGACUGCUUGAUAUACAAAAUGGAGAAUUUGGAAACCACCAUAAGAGAGCAUUGCACUGGUUUGGCAUCAACCCGAGCUAAUGAGAGAAAGAAGAAUGCAGAGGCCCUAAAGGAUUUACUGUCACGUAAUGCUUUAGGUGCAUUCUUGACAAAUAAUGCUUUUAGAAAUAUUGGAUUUACAUGGAAUAACCUUUUUGAAUACAUCAAAGAUUACAUAUUAAAGGAGGCAGAAAACUAUCAGACUUCAAAAACAUAUCAGGGAACCAUUGGGCCAUUAUGUGCAAGUUUGUUGCAUUUGUGUGUUUCUGGUGCAAAUAAAGGCAAGGCGAAUAUCAAAUGUGAGAACAUUAUGUCUGCAUGUUUGUAUGUACUAAAAGACAGUAAUUUGACAGAAGCUAUUGGUGAUGCAUAUUUAAAUCUUCUUUAUAAACAUGUUCUUUCCCAUAAUUUCUACAUAGCAAAUAUGACCCCAGUAUAUUGGGAUGAGUUGCUUCAUGUAUGCAUAUCAAUAUUACAAUCAAAUAAUUUAAAACUGGAUCAAUUUACUAAGCUUCGGCUUUUAUGGAUGGUUAUCAAAAAUGGUACAUCUUCAUGUCAACUUACUAUACCACUGAGAGAUUCAUUGUCUAAAUUAAGGAUUUUGAGAACGUUUAGUGACCGAAAAAUAUUGGAGGUGGCCAUUGAUAUUACCAUUUUACUUCUGGAGAUGUUGGCACCAGAGUACCGAUUGACCAUGUGUGAAUUUACAGAAAAUGUUUUACUAUCAUUAUUACAGUUCUAUGAACCGAGCAUUGACCAAAAGAAAAAAAGUUCAUUGUUCAAAUUGCUUGAUUUGGCGGUGAAUAUCCACCAUCCAAAUGGCCGUUUUGAGAAUGAAGAGGGCAGUUUAGCCCAUGACUGGACUAUUUGGAAUAAACAUAUAUUCAAUACGUUAGAAAUUAUUUGCAUGGAAGUGUCAUUUUUACAAAAACCUCACAAACAACUGGAUUUAUCUGUUAGUAAUUGUGGACAGUUUUAUUCUUUAUCUGCAACAAUAUAUUUUCAGAUUUUUAAUUUAUUGGAAAUACCCGAAAAUUCUGGUACGGGUAAUACUCCAAAAAGGCCAAGGGUAGCUUUAAACAUGAUAAAAAGAUUUUCGGAUCUUAUACUAGAACUUGAACAAAAUCAGAUUCCAUGGAUGGGUAUAAUUCUGUCUUAUUGUAAGAAAUAUGGCAGCACAGUUGAAACAUCAAACUUUUUAUUGUUAAUGAACACUCUGAAUAAUUUCAUAACGAACAAUAUCAAUAUAAUUGAUCAAGACUGUUUUACCGACAUGAUUUUACUAACUGUAAAGGAGUUAUCUCAGCGUUUAGAUGAAGUGAAGAAAAGGAAUGAAGACUUCUUGUUAUUAUGGAACUCUUGUGUUAGACAUUCAAUGGCAGUGAAUUCAUUACAAAAACCAACUCAUGAAAUUAUGCAGUUACUUCUGACUAGCACUGACUUGAAAUAUCAAAUUGUACAACCGUUAUUGAAGCUCUAUUCUGAUGGUAGUAUGCCUGUGAACAGUUACAGUGUACAGACAUUGAGUAAAACCCUACAAAAGUUUUUCAACAAAUGUACUUUGGAAGAGAGGUCAAAUUUCUUAAAUUGGCUCAAACAAGGACAAUUAAUCUGCCUGGACGCAGCAAACGCUAAAGAGUUAAUGCUCAUAUUGAUUAUUAAGGAUAAUAUGAGUACUGAGCAAGAGAUAACAGUUAAAAGUCGAAAUAUUGACGAAGACGACAACGUGCAUCAAAUAGUAUUCGAUUCCAUUGAACAAAGUAUUCUUUUCAGUGAAUUUGGAAUCCAAGAUAUUAAAGAUCUGCAGUCUUCUAACAAUAGAAGCUUAAAACAAAAUUUCCAAGGCAACAUUAAUAUUAGUAAUGAAAUGUAUGAAUACUUAACACUGAAAACAACAGAAUGUGUUAAAAAUUUUAAAGCAAACAGCAUCAAUCUACAAGAAUUCAUUAAUUUUAUACGGGUUGUACUAGCUUACAUUGACGUCAUGUUGUACUACCGAUUCUCUAGAGAAGACAUAAUCCAAACAUCAGAGAUGUAUUGCCGUUUGAGGACAUCACUGAGACUUAUGUACACGAGUGUAACAGUGGCACUAAACACUGAUGGUAAUAAUUUUACAAAAGUAAAAUUACUUAAAGAUAUUCAAGACAUUUUGAUGUUUGAAUAUGAACCUCUAUUGUGUGUUGAAGUGCGUCGAUGUAUCGAUGAAGAAUUCUUUUAUUGCAUCAAUAACAUUGUUAAUAAAGAUAAUUCUUCUGACGAGGAAUUGGAUAAUUGUGAUGAUGAGUCAAGUUUCUCAGCAUUGAGAUGCCAUUGCAUUCUUGUGCUCUCAGCUUAUUGUCGAAAAAAUGCAAAUUACAGAACAGAACUAUUGGAUCUUGUGCUAGAAUACAAAAUGUAUGACUUCGAUUCGUAUUGGGAUGUUCAGUGUGUUUUUCAAUCUAUUGAGCAACUUAGUGAUUAUUCUGUAGCUGACCCUCCUUUACACGAAAUAUUUACGAUCAUGAUGUUUAUGUGUCGGUACAUGUUUCGAGGUUCAGAUGAAACUCGAAGAUUACUAAAAAUUUUGCUAUCACUGCUCGACAGAAUUUGGUUUUGCGACAAUAUACGAGAAAAUUGUAUUAUAAUGGUGAAAGGAUACCUAGUGAGAUGCGGAAAUUUAUAUUAUCCGGCCCGAGUAGCUGCUUUGGUGUAUAAAUGUGCUGCAAGGAUGAUCUUACUGAAUCGGAAACAUAGUGGCGGUGAUCGAUUAGAUGAGGAUUGUUUCAUCAAAGCAGUAAUUGCUGGAACAAAACUAGGCACACAUUGUUUGCGAUUGUAUUGCAUUUACACCCUAAAACUAUUGCUAGCUGAUUACACGGACAGAGAAAUAGAUCAAUAUAUAUCUGACUUGGCUGGCAUAUUCAUUGUAGAGGUGCCAGAAAAUAAUGAAUUAAUCGUGAAAGACGAAUCAGCCAACAGAACUGCUACUCUGUUACACAGUUAUUUGGCAUUAGCUCAAACUAAACACACACUGAUACACAAAAUAGUAACAUCUGUUCUACAAAUACAAAAGGAAAAAUCAUUGGAUGAAAAUCUUGUAAAAAAAGUGUUGAACAUCAUGUCACGCUCUAUCACCAAAGACGAUAUUAAUGUUCAUUUAAAUAAUAAUAUAUUAUACAUUCUCAACUCUUGGUUUCUCAAAAAAAACGAUGUAAAUGAUUUGCCGAUUAGUUUAUUUGCCAUGGAAAAUAAACAAGUAUUUCUGAAAAAGCAUAUGAGGUGGUUAAUAUCCGCAGAAUUAUUGUGGGCUAAAAACGGCAAUAUUUUCAGCAGUGAAUUGUUGAAAGAAACGAAGAAUACAUUGAAUAAAACGGACCAAGCUAUAUUUGAGGAAUGUUUUUGCAAUAUUAUGGUACUUUGUUUGCCAUAUGUCGUAGUUGAAAAGUAUAAUAUAGAGCACUCCGGUAUGAUGAAACCGAACUAUCAACAGUUACGGACUAACGCAACCAAAAUGUUUCAACUGAUGCGAGAAGUGCUGGAGAACGAAAAGUGGAGUAAUUUGUUUGAGGAAAAUAUUGCAGACUUACUUUUUUUGGCGGCAAAACAUCUUAGCGAUGCGGAUGAAGCGGGGAACAUGUUCCAAGUGGCGCUUCCUGAAACUACUGAGACUUAUUAUUAUCCCAAAAGUAUAUUUGUAUCAAUUCUAACAUAUUUUGGAGAACUGACAGAUGAGAAUAUUAUGCAGUAUCUUUGCGAAAAUCAAUCUGUAUCGAUUUGUAAAGCACUAUUUAAGUUAUGGGACAACAUAUUGAAGCAGUAUGUUUUUGAAUUCAAAGCGUUGGCAUUACACGCAUUUAUUACAUUUGUCCAAAGCAUUCCAAUAGGAUACAUUUCAGAUGCAUUUAUAUGUAAUUUUGUGUGCAACAGUCUAACCCAAGCAAUCAAAGAUUCCGUUGACAAACGAGAGGUGAAAGUAUUGGCAAAAGCUUUGAACAUAAUUUUACAAAUGUAUUUACCAGAAAAAGUAAACCAUCUCCGUGUUGCUGCAUCACAUCUGCUAUCAAUUUUAGUAAUAAAGAAGGAGGAAGGAUUUCAACAAGAAUGUGAUUCUUUGCUCAGUUAUCUUGUUGAAGAUUUAAAGGACUGCUUGAAUGAUAGUGAAGAUGUUGUAGACUUCAUUAAUUCUCUAUCUCAAGGAACUACUGAUAAUCUGAUUUGCACAUCCCAACUACAGUUUACCAAUAAACUAAAACAGCUCAAAACAAGUUUGAAAUGUCCAAGCCACGAAAGUCUUAGAAACAUGCGAAUGUUUUUAACAAAUAAUCAGAAGUUUGUUAAUUAUCUUUGCGAUGAAAUUGAUGGAAAAGGAUUUUCUGAAAACUGUGAAUCAAGUUUGAUGCACCAGAUAAUAUACUCCUUGAGCAGCAUUCUGACUAAAGUUUCAGACAAAAAGACAAUUAUCGAAGCAUGUAACUGUCUGUCGUUGAUUGGUACCUACAAUUUGAAAACUGUGGUCACUGUGUCAUCAUCCAAUCCAUCUCAAAUAACGAAAAUGGCACCAAACUCAUAUUUCACUACAAUUGUGAUGAAAACACUUUCAAAUGUGAUAUUUGAAGAAGGCCCGAAUCUAACUAAAAAAGUUGCAAAAGCUUUAAAUCAGUUAUUAAAAUAUCGGGACGGUCUCGAUGCCUUGAAUCGAGAAGAUGCUGAAGAAGUCAAGCAAAUACUAAAACCGUUUGAAUCAGCAGAAUCCAACAUAGUCUCUAAUUUUCAAGUUAAUGAUACAAAGUUGAAUUCCUUCAAUCAGUCGCCCAACUUCUGGCUGCCGCAGGACGGUGAGAAACAUUGCAACUGGUUGACACGUGUGACUGUUACAGUCAUCGAUAUAUUGACGGCGUCGACUAAUUACUUCAAGGAACUGCAAGAAGUAUGCACAGCUAAGCCCAGCGUUUGUCAGAAGAUCUUGCCAUCGCUGAUUGGCUUGUUACUUGUUUGUGGCAAUGAAAAGUGUGAACAGACUAUUACCGUUCAUAUGAAUAAUUUCUUUAAAUAUAUUUGGGACAUUAGUUUCGAAUACAAAAUCGAAAAUAGUGGAGACAGUAGUCACAACAAGAAACUAUCGAGCAUUCUAGAUCAUGAUCACAAAAUGAUUACUCAGUACGUGUUGAGUGUAGUCCACUUUGUGCGUCUGCAAAGUUGCCAUUAUGAGUCAAGACGUUCACGCGCAUCUGCUUUGACUCUGAAUUACUUGCAACUGGAGUACGAUAAAGUGGCUUGGGCGGCGACGGUGGCCGACCAGACGCUCGCGGCGAUAUACUACGGCGAGCUGUGGGCCAUGGCACAGAACGAUAGGGUGCCCCCCGCCUCCCCUGAGGCUACUACCACGUUAGACGGUGGCAAAAAUAUUCAGAGGAUUUUUAGAAAGUGCUUCGUGUCAAUCGGCGAGAUGGAGGCAGUGGACGGCUGCGGCACCGCGCAUUUGACGCUGGAGGAGGAACGGCGGCGGCACUUGCUCCACGCGGGGCACUACACGGACGCGCUGCUGUCGCACGACAUCGCGCUGUCGUACGGUGCUUCCACGCCCGACUUGCAGCUCGGCACGCUGCGGGCUUUGCAGAAGUCUGGACUGUUCCAUUUGGCUAUCCAGCACAUCAAGUCUUUGUCAGAAAGCGAUCAAAUGAACGAUGUCAAAUACGAAUGUUUGGCCGCUUUGGGCGAUUGGAGUGAAGUGAUCGACACUCGUGACUUGGAAGAUCUGUUGAACACGGACACUUGCAACCCUCGAUCCAUAAUAAAAACUUUCCGAUACGCGUGCCUCAAGGAUUGUCUCACUCUAGACGCUAUUCCUAGCAACGACAAGCUCCAGGUCUCCCUGAACAGAGCAAAGCUGGCAAUCUCGCGUUUAUGUCAGGACCUCAAUAUGGAAAACUGCCAAAACGUUUACAAGGUCGUAGCGAAAUUACACCUGUUCACCGACAUUGAAGAUUAUUAUGCAGUAAGAACGUGCGACCAGCGAAUGCAGUCGUUACUUAACAAAUGGCAGAUUGAAAAUUUGCCCGCGUUCCAAGAUUUCAAACACCUAGAAGACCUGAUAUCUCAGAGGAACUUGAUGCUAGAGCACGCCGCAAAGGUGCAGAAAAAUGAAUUUCAAGAUAUCGUGAAUCUACAACUAAAAUAUGCAGAACUUGGACUAGAGAACGACAGAGUGCAACUCUCUCAGCGUUUCUUAGCAACAGUAAAAAAGUUGCGUUCAUCCGAGGAAGUGGCGCUAGUAGAGAGCAAGAUAUCUUGGGCCCGAGGGCAUACGGACAUUGCCCUAUCCUUGCUACGUAACAUCGUGUCUAACCGUUCUACUAACGAUAGUUUAACAGCCAAAUCUCUGCGGCAAUACGGCUUAUGGAUGGCUGAAACCAAAUGUGACAGUCCUAAAGACAUAGUAACUAAGUAUUUGAAGAAAAGUCUGGACGUUUUGAAUAAUACCCGUGACGAAAAAACAAGGUUGAAAUUAUAUAAUGAUAUUGCGAAAUUUUCCGAUGCUGAAUAUAAAAAGGUGGUCGCAUAUAUGAACUCACCUAUAUUUCAAAAUAAAGAGGAGUGUCUAAAGAAAAUGCGGCAUACAUGUGCUUCCUCCCAGCAGACUCAAGAACACAUGACUACUGACGACAAAAUAGCGUUGAACACAAACAACAAGUUCAUGCAUUUAGAAGAGGCAGAGAUUGCCAGUACUAAAGCGGAAAAAGACAUAUUUUUGCAUGCGGCGAUGAGAUAUUACUUGCUGUCUUUGGCGCAAUGCGACGAGAACAAUCUGUCGAUAUUCCGCGUGAUCUCGCUUUGGUUGGAGAACCCUGGCGUGGACGCGGUGGAGUCGCAGCGGCUGCAGCAGAUGCUGGACGGCAUCGCCUCGCACAAGUUCAUUCCCGCGCUGCCGCAGCUAGCGCCCCGGCUCUCCGCUGACACCUGUGUUUUCGCGGACAAUCUCCGCAGGAUUAUAGAUAGGUGUGCCAAAGAUCAUCCGCACCACACAUUGCCCAUCCUGUUCAGUCUGAUGAAUUCCGACAAAGACUUGUAUAUCCUGAACAGCAGUGCGAGGGCGGCGGCCGCGCACUCCAGACGUCCGCAGGAGCCCCGCGUCCUCACCGCGGAAUCCAUCGUUAGGUCGCUGGCUAACGAUCCCAAACUAGCAAACAUAAUAAGUCAAAUGGAAAAGUUAUGCGACGCAACCAUAAGUUUUGCCAACUUCACGGUGAAAAACAAAGCUCCCAUGAGACAAGAGAUCCCUGCAGCUGAGAAUAUCCACAAACUGGGUAGACUGGAUGCCGUUCCAGUACCCACUGUCACGAUACCCGUCAGACAUGAUUGUAGUUACGAAGAUUUGCCUACAUUGGUAUCUUUUGACAAUUACUUCGAAUUGGUUGGCGGCAUCAACUGCCCAAAGAAAAUAAAUUGCAUGAGUUCUGACGGUGUUCGAAGGAUUUUAUUAGUAAAAGGCAAAGAUGACUUACGCCAGGAUGCCGUUAUGCAACAAGUGUUCAACAUUGUGAACACAUUGCUAGAGAAAAAUGCCGUCACUAGCCGCAGUAAACUGCUAAUCCGGACUUACAAGGUGGUGCCUUUGUCGAAGCGGUCGGGUGUGCUGGAGUGGUGUGUGGGCACCAUACCCAUCGGCGGGUACUUGGUCGGGAGUACAGGUGCUCACGCACGGUACCGCCCGCAGGACAUAACAUGUGAUGCCGCACGUAAGGCAAUGACCAAGUGUCAUGAGACCGGAAAAGGUACGGAGGAGAAACUACGAGUGUUCAAGAAAAUUCUCGAAGCUUUCAAGCCCGUGUUCCACUACUUCUUCACGGAGCACUACUUGGACCCCGUGUCUUGGUACGAACGACGACAAACUUACACAAAAAGUGUCGCUGCAUCAUCUAUGGUAGGAUAUGUGAUGGGGUUAGGUGAUCGACACGUACAAAACAUCCUCAUCGACAAGGAAAGUGCUGAAGUGGUUCACAUCGACUUUGGAUUUGCGUUUGAUCAGGGCAAGAUUCUUCGCACACCGGAGACAGUGCCGUUCCGGUUGACACAGGACAUGAUUGCCGGCUUUGGAUCUUGCGGCGUGGAAGGAGUAUUUAGAAGGUGCUGUGAGAAAACAAUGCAGCUCCUGCGCGACAACCAAGAGACGUUGCUGACCAUACUGGAAGUGUUGCUUUACGACCCGUUGUACUCUCUGACCUCCUCGCGACAGACUGCGCAAUCCGCUUCCAGAACCACUGUACUUGGCGCCGGCGACCGGCACCACCUGGCGGAGCGCGCGCUGCUGGCGGUGAGCAGCAAGCUGCGCGCGGCGGGCGUGGCGGUGCCGGGCCACGUGGCGCGUCUGCUGCACCUCGCCACCGACCCCGCCAACCUCUGCCGCCUCUUCCCCGGCUGGCAGCCCUACCUCUAAACCGCACGUUUAACCCGUCAUUGCAAAACAGAGAAAACUAUAGGCUCUUCGUCUUUCGUUUCACUCAUACUAGAAAGAGAUGCGUGUUGUAGAAUUGAGUGAGACAAAUUUACAGUUAAAUUUACCGUUUUUUUUACCAUUUCAGUUUCUUUUCCUGUAACGAAAAACUGAACAAAGUGUUUUUUUCUCACACGGUUUUACAAGGCCCAAUCUGCCGCUUUAUAUAAUAUGGGCUGGGAAGUUUUAUGGAAAUCUUCUCUUAAUUGGCUAUUUGUCUUUUGAAAGGCUAUUUGUCUUUCUUUGUCUAUUUGUCAUAUAGAUUUAUAAGAAUAAAAACGCGCAGCGUGUGUUCUUUCGGCAAUCAGUGUGUACAAUACAUAACUAAGUUUUAACGUGUACUAUAUUCAACGUGUACUACAUUUUAACUUUUAAAAUAGGUAUAUAACAUUUUCACUUUUAGUCUAGUUUAAUGAAACGUAACUUGACUCUUUUCCACAGUUAUUGAAAGUAAGAUGGGACAAAAUAUAUUUUAAUUAAAAUAGUUUAGCGAACUUUCGGAUUACUUUAUAGAAAGAAAGUGGGAAAGCAAUUCAGUGAGCAAAAACAACAUUUUUAUAUACAAACAUCAACAGUACAAAAGUCUCGACCAUAUCUCACCGGCAUGUACCACUGUAUCCUUCGAAUUUAUUGUCUACUGUGUCUGUUAUAUGUAAUGUUAUCAAGUCAAAAAGACUGUCUAAUAGUCGGCUAAAUAAGUAAUCUUAUAAUAUGAUACUGUAUACGGUUAACAAGUAAGUAUAUUUAAUGGAAUUUAAUAUUCAUCUAUUCUUCGAUAACUAUCUGAAAUAACAAUCAUUUAAUGUUUGUUAUAUUAGUUGAUUAUAGUUAAUUUUAUUCAAAAUGUGAUAAGUUUAAAUUUAGACUAAAAUAGUGCCAAAAAGACUUAUAAACCUAAGUUUACCGUUACGUGCGGUUGUUUUUUUUUUUAUGUUCGCUGUUUUUUAAGAAUCGUUACAUUAUGCGAGUAAAACUCGUCACAUAUGGUUACAAUAUUUAAAAAAAAAUCAUUGAAAAAUAUUGAUUUGUUUUUUUUUUUCUUGCACACUUAUUGAAAUUUGUUAUGCUAUAUCUAUCUACAUGUAGAAUUCAAUAAUGACAUGAGUAAUAAAUGUGAUAAAACUACAA